GAUAUUUGAUGCCCUGAACAUAGUUAUAGGAUUUAUUUUAACGUCGAUAUCGACAUUAUUCUUCAAGACGCCGUGGGAAGGCGCACAGACAGCUUUGUACGCUGCGUUGGACGAGAAGUCUGGAGAAGUGAGUGGAACAUAUUUUAUGAAUUGUAGAAGGUACAGAGCUUCAAAACAAGCGCAUUGUAGUAAAACUGCGAAAGUGCUUUGGGAAGAAUCAGUGAAAUUAGUGAAGUUAACAGAAGAUGAAUUAGAACAGUGCUUUAAGUCGUUACCCUGAAGCUGCUAAGCUAACCAUUCAAAAUGCGUUAUUCUGUAAUUGAAUGUACAAAUGAAAAUGUAAGUUUAAAUAAUACGUAAUGAUUAAUUGAACUCUGUCUGGAACACGUUAUUUUCUUUUAAUUCUCUCAAAGUCAUAUCAUUGAGACCAAUAUAAAGCAUUUUUGGGUUGCAAUCAAAAUAGAAGUGUCACUCUGUUGGUUAGUCCUCUAGUAAAGCAUUUUUUCGUUCCAAAGUAUAGAUUCAUAUUAAGAAAAACGUGUAAGAAAUUCCAUGAUUACUAUUAUUUCGUAAAUUUUACGAUGCAGUGAAUACUUACCCUAUAAUGUAUAUUUUUAACGUGACUUAACCUAGAAGUGACGUCACGUGAUAUUUCAAAUAUAUAACGUGUUACUAAAAGGGGGUAUACAUAUCAAGUGCACGGUUUCUAGAUAACAUAACAAACGAUACGGGAAGGGUUUUUUAAACUCAUGUUUUCAUGGUACCAAGUUAUGAUUUUUUCCAAUCGCGCCGCCGCGCGAAUCAAAAUUAGGUAGACAGGUACUAGGCGAUCAGAUUGACAGAAGAAAUGUUUCGUAAUAUUAGCGAGUGACCCCUGUAGUGUUGUGACACGUUUGUAUGAUUUGAAACCAAGAACUAUGCGAUACCAAGUAUUUGGUACAAUUUUUUUUUAAACAUAUUUUAAGCUUAAACUUUGUGUAGAGAUUCUAUUCAACCUGUAUUCAUCAGGGCUUGAUGUAUAAGGGUAUUUUGUUACACGUUGUAUGCAUAUUUGUGUAUCUCCAAAAAUAUUUGUUUCUGUAAGAAAAUAAAAAUACUUGUCUAAUGUUUUAAAAAAAUCUACAAGACGGACACUAAAAUAAAAAGUAGUAAUUUACUCUAUUUAAGGUUUGUUGGGAAAUCGGGGAUUGGGACGAUUGAGAAGGGGAUUGAUUGGGCCUCCGGUAAUCUCGUUCACACAAUGAAACACAACACAAGCAUUGUUUCACGUCGGUUUUCUGUGAGCAACGGUAAAGUAACGUAAAACCGUGGCGAUUUUACCCGCAUAGAGAAACUAGAAAACGCAUGUAAGCAGUCGCACUUGCAGUUUUUGUCCGCAACUGAUUUCAAUGCCGUGCAAUGUUACAAAAGCGUGACAGAAAAAAACCAACCACAUUAGUAGCUAACACAAAAUUAAGUGGUUGAACAAAUAGAAACAAAGCUUUUUGUGACGGAAAAGUCCAAAAGUCAAAGUCAAAAUUAUUUAUUUCAAAUAGACUGAGAAGGCACUUUUGAAUGUCAAAGCAAAUUACACUUACAAUAUUAAAAAAAAAAUCAAAAUGUACUCUCUCUCUAUACUCCAUCUAUACAUCGGACUUGAAAUCGUAAGUCAAAGAAAAAUUUUAAUACUUUGGUAUCGUCCUGAAUGAAACCGAAGGCGCUUGCAAGAAUGCUAUCGUUUAUAAGUAAAUAGUCUUUCAUCCACGUUUUGCAAUAGGUUGAAGGAUGUAGGACAAUUUUUCUAUAGGUCAUUUGUCUCUUCCUUCCUGCUCUAUGCGAAUUGGGACCUUGAUGUCUAUUUUUAUCUCACUAAUAACACAAUUAGCACACUAUACAUAGUUGCAACUUCACUAGCUGCUGCCUUCGAGUUUUCUCUAAUAAAUCUUUGUUUUAUUUCUCAAUUUUCUUUUCUUUGUUUUUAAUUCCAAUCACUAUAAAGCUAUAUAGAAGUAACCAUACUUCUACAUAAACUGACUAACUGACUUAGUAAAUAAAUAAAUGUCUCAAAUCUAAAAAUGGGAACUAUAACGUCAAUAAAAAUAAUAAUGUUUUUUCAGAAGUAAAAAAAUGUUACAGUGGGAUAAGGCAUGAUUUUUGUACAUCUUCAACAGGUAACACAGCACACAAACACUUAACGAAAAAUGCCUAUAUAAAAAUAAUGGAUUGCAAAAGAAAAAAAAAUGUGUGCAACGCUUAUAUUUUUGUGGUCAGCAACAAUUUGUUAUUAAAUGAUAAAUGAUAUUUAUUUCUGUAAAUAGAUUAUAAAAUAACACUUUUACACGUCAAUAUUUCAAAUAGCUAGAUGAGGCCGGCAUUUCCUAUCCGACUACUCUGAGAAGAAAUGCCGAAACAAACUCAGAGGUCAUAGUCUCUUUUAAAGUCCAGACAAAAUCAAUUAGAGAUGUCGGAGAACCGUGCAAGUUUAUUCUGUAGUGGUCUUUUGAGGAAAGAACCACAGCAGUUUGAGCGGACCUGUUCAGAUGGCAGCACGGAUGUGUCAGUUACAAUUAACUCAGCUGACGGCUGUUGCUAAAUGAUCCGACGAACAAUACCAACCAAAAGAACAUUUGGGUAGGCCACACAAAUGCUCACACUGUCAGAAUAUAAUUAACUAAAAGUGAAAUGACUAGGCAAACUCUCGCACGGUCCUCAAACUAAACAAUAUUUUAUAUUAAAUAUUUUAGGUAGUUUUAUAAACACAUAACAAAACAAAACCAAGUUUUUUUGAAAAAAUAUUUCAUUUUUUUAAGAAUGUUCUAGAGGUCUAACAACAAACAAACAUAUAUCUUAACUAUAAUACGUAUACAGAUAUAAUUCUGGCCAAGAUCGUGCAAUGAGAAAUGAACUUAGACAGGUUUAUAUUAAGGCAACGCAGCUCUACGUGCCGCAGAACAUUUGGUGUUGGUGUCGAGUCUGUAGCUAUGUUCUUCAUAGUAUUUAUAAUCCCUACUUUUAUCAUCACCGCAUUGACUCUGGCUUUGUACCAGAAGACCACAAACGCAAUAUGCCUGUCAAGAAGAAGACUGGAUGGCAAAACAGUAAUAGUGACUGGAGGAACAGCUGGAAUGGGCCUCCACAUAGCUACAGACCUGGCCCAUAGAGGAGCGCGAGUGAUAGUCGCCUGUCCCUUUGAAGAUGAAGGCACCAACGCCAGGAAACAAAUAGUGGAAGAGACUGGCAACGAGAACGUGGUGUACAAAUACCUCGAUUUGGGAUCUUUACAAUCUGUGAGACAAUUUGCUGCAGACAUCUUGAAGACUGAGGACAGACUGGACAUUCUACUCAACAACGCUGGGGUUGGUAUGCCUGGAGACUUCCUGACGUCCGAUGGACUGAACUUUGUAAUGCAAGUGAAUUAUUACGGAACAUUUCUACUGACACUACUACUUAUCCCUCUUCUGAAGAAAACUGGGAAGCCUGGUGAAGCGAGCAGAAUCAUCAAUACAGCGUCAAUUCUGCAUCGUAUUGCAAAAAUAGAAAUGGAAAACUUGAACAGAACUAAUUACUGGAACAAGGUUAGAAUAUAUUGCAACAGUAAACUUUGUAUCGCAUUAUUCACACAUGAACUCUCUGAAAGGUUGAAUGGAUCGAACGUCGUAGUUAACAGUGUGGAUCCUGGGUUUGUAGGCACCAGGAUAUUUGAUGCCCUGAACAUAGUUAUAGGAUUCAUUUUAACGUCGAUAUCGACAUUAUUCUUCAAGACCCCGUGGGAAGGUGCACAAACAGCUUUGUACGCUGCAUUGGACGAGAAAUCUGGAGAAGUGAGCGGAACAUAUUUUAUGAAUUGUAGAAGGUACAGAGCUUCAAAACAAGCGCAUUGUAGUAAAACUGCGAAAGUGCUUUGGGAAGAAUCAGUGAAAUUAGUGAAGUUAACAGAAGAUGAAUUAGGACAGUGUUUUAAGUCGUUGCCCUGAAGUGCUAAGCUGUAAGAAAAUGUAAGUUUGAAUAAAUACUCAAUUAAACAACCACAA